UGGAGUCGCAAGGAAGAAAAAAAAUGUUGAAAAAGAAGAAAAAGAAAAAAUAUUGGCAUUCCGCCCAGAGAUAAAAAGCUUAUCGCAUGAUUAGAUAAGCUUUACCCGUUCACUCAAUCUAUUGUGACUGCUUAACCCACCACACUUCGACACCGACAUCAUCGUCACAUCAUACAUCUACAGGGACAGCAGCCAUCGUUGCAACAAGUCAGUUUCAUUGACCAAGGGACGAAUAAAAUCAUGGCACAGCCACCAGCAGCCACGGCUGAUACCGCUACAGCACCCCAGAAGAUGGCGAAGCGCAAACGAGCAGCCGAGGAUGUGGCUGCAGAGGUGGUAGCAGAUGCAGUGCGCGAGAAGAAGCCGCGAACGUCAAGAAAGAGGGCAUCGACGCCAGAAAACUCGGAAUCAAUCGAGAUAGUUUCUGCGGUAGUGACGAUGUCCGACCUCUGCCGUGACCUGCGCACUGGCAAAACCUCCAAGCGUGAAAUGGAGCUGAGAACAAUGGACUGGGCUGAGAUUGCUCGAAAGAAGAAAGAGAAAGAGGAAAGGAAAAAAGCCGGUAGUUCUGGGAGCCAGUCUGCCAAGGGAAGUUCCACGGAUACCCCAAAACCAGCCGAGAAGAAGAUGCGCCCGUCGGCCGAAGUUACUGGUCCACAAAUGAGAAUCGUCAACGGAGAGAUUGUGCUGGACACAUCCUCGCUACAGAUCGAUCGUCAUGCGGACGCAGACAGGAAUGCAGAUGAUAUGGAGGAAGUUGAGGAAAACCCGCUCACUCGGCGCAUAAACGCUGCUUCUUUUGGGAAACGGACCAAGCUCGAGACCUGGGACGAGGCAGCGACAGAUUUAUUCUAUAAGGGACUACGGAUGUUUGGCACAGAUUUCAUGAUGAUCAGCAAGAUGUUCCCAGGCCGAACCAGGCGGCAUAUCAAACUGAAAUUUUCCAACGAGGAACGGCGUGAACCAGAACGAAUCAAGAGGACCUUGCUUGGUCCCAGGGAACCAGUUGAUUUAGAAGCCUAUUCGGAGAUGACGAAUACAGUCUACGACGAUCCUAGAGCUAUACAACGAGAACUUGAUGAAGAGAAAAAGAGAAUUGAAAGUGAACAUGCUGAAGAACAGAUGGCACGUGAGGAACAGCUCCGCAACCCUGGUGGGAAACUGGGCGACAAGGUAUUACCUAGUAUUGAGGGUGAAUCUAACGAGGCCCGGCGGCGACGGGAAAAGAAGAAGGCUGAAAAGGCAAAGUUCGGAGGAGGAACGGAGGAGAUUCUGGGAUCUAUCGAUGAUUAAUCCGACUUACACUUUCUAAUGAUUCAACUUCCGAUAUAGUUCUGUAGCAUAUUAUGAUUUUUCUAGUAAAUAGUAUUGUAUUAUCUU